AUGUCUCGCUCUACUCAACCUGCCGACGACUACAACGAUGAUCUUGAUGAUAUUGAUGAAUUUGACGAGAAUGGGAUGCCUGGAGGCCCCCUGACCAUUAAGUGGACGUCGGAACGUACAGAUCGUCUCCUGGAUUGGUUGGAACAAAAUGAAGAUGCCAACAAAGAGAGUAGGAAGAAGGGUCAGGCAAAGUCGAGCAAGGUUACGAUACAUGGGGAGAUAGCUCAGUUUGUAUUCAGUGGAGAUAGGGAUCCAGUCAUACGCAGCACUCUCAAAGCCAAUCCAGGAAGGUUUGCAAAAGCUGUCGAUAACCACAUUGCCUCACUCAAGAAAAAAUACCGUCAAUCUUGUACAACGCUGGGUCAUACUGGAGCUGGUCUCACUUUUGACCAACUAGAAGGGAACCCCGACUACAAAGGACCAAUUGGUGCGUUCCUACGCGUGAUCACUACAAAAUUCAAGAUCUUCAACCGUCUGCAUGGCUUUUGGCGGAAAAUCCCCAACUAUAAUCCGUUCACAACAUCGUCAGAUCCAGACCAGGAUCACGAGGCGCAGGCAUUCGAUAUGUUGUUCCCAAACAAGCGUAGCCGGAGUCGAGCUGACCAUCAUGCAGCAAGUGAACCCGCAAUGCAGGUCCACAAUCAGCUACCUCAACAACCUCUCCCCCAGAGCCAUGGGUAUGAGGAUUAUCAGCAUUUCCAGAAUGACAACUUUGUCCACCAACCGUUCAAUCAAUUCGCUCAGUUCAGUCAAAUCCCUCCACAUAUCAACCAUCACAGUAGUUCUCUCGCCAAUUCUGGCAUGGUAUCUUCAGCUUCUUCCUUGCCAAACAAUUCAUCACUACCUUCGCUACCGUCUAUCGCAACUGAUCCUAGUUUUUUUGACUCAAACGCCGCCAGCCUUUUCCCAGGAGCAUACCAUCAAUCCCUUUCUUCACUUUUCCAGACAAACCAUUCCUCCCACUCUUUCGGUUCUUCAUUUGACGAUAUGCAGCCUCGAGGUCUCCAAGGUUUAGAAGUCGGACAUCUACAAGUGCGUGAUGUACCAUUUCAAGAUAUACCCUUCCAGCUUCCAAGUUCUCCUGUCUCUGGAUCCGUGUCUGGACACUCUGGUUUCUUUAUGAACCAGGCUCCCGCUUCUCCCGCCUCGGGCCACUCCAGCUUCUACGCAAGCGUACCUCCAGGCUCUCCGUCCUCUGGCCAGUCUGGCUUCAGUGCAAAUCCCAGCGCGAACCUCAUUCCUCUCUCACCUAACCCUGGCUUCUUUGCGAACCUUCCCCCGUCUUCUCCCGUUUCUCGCUUGGCCUCACCUCCUCCCCCUGUCCCAUCUAAGCUUACUGCAACUGCGCCCGCAAAGAUUGUCAAAUCGGGAAAACGGUCAUCUGCUGUGACCGUCAGAGAGACACUCCGGGCCCAGUUAGCAACAUCGUCAGGCAACGAAGUGAGCACAGAGCGUCUUAUCACCACAGACAGAAGGGUCAGUACAAAGGACGCUGGGACCCCACAGUCUGCAAAGGUGGACGACAGGCCACGUAAGCAACCACGAUCUCAUAUUGAGGACAAUGUGUCCUUGAUGCAGAAGGUGAUGGAGCCUGUUGCGCAGGCUAUGCAAGGACAGCAAAGCCUUGCACAGGAGGCACUCCAAGUUAAGGGAGGUAAGGUAGCCGCGAGGCAUGCGAAGUACACGGCCAUAGCAGAACGUGCACGCAGUGACAGGCGGUCGAAAGAUAAGGAAGCCACUGUGUUGGAACACGAACAGUUCAAGGAGAAGCUGCAGUUAGUUAACAGAAGUCAGGUACAAAGGGAACGAGAACAGCGACAACACGAGAAGGACAUGUUUGAAAUGAAAUUCAAACUCAUCCAAGCCGUCAAGGAUAUCCCUGGUGUGGAUAGUAGCAUCAUCUCUUCCCUUCUCGCCAACAACUCUACCUCGCCUGCUCCCUCUUCACUGGUGUCCAAUUUCUUUGAGCAGUCGAUUUCUGGCCCUGUUGCUUCCUCUUCCACUUCCGUAUCCACCUCUGCUUUCAAUUCUCGUGCAUUGGACAAUUAUAAAGAUUACAGCGGUGAUGAUGACGCUGAUGAUGACGCUGAUGACAAUGAAGACUCAAUGGCAGUUGAUGGGGGGUUGUACGAGUGA